AGUAAAUAAAACGUGGAGUAAUUUUUGUUUUUUUUUGUGAGGUUAUAAUUUAUAGAUGAAUGUUAAUAAUAUUGUUAAAUAAUUAAUUAAUAAACAUGGUUGGAAAACGUGAAAGUCGUGAAUUAAUGACAAUAUUUUUUUUGUGUAUAUUAUGGUAUAUUAUAUCAAGCAGCAACAAUGUUGUUGGAAAAUUAUUACUAUCGCAAUUUCCAUAUCCAAUGACACUUACAAUGAUACAAUUAACAACAAUAACAAUAUUAUCUGGUCCAUUUUUUAAUUUAUUUGGCAUUAGAAAAUCUUCAUCAAUCAUAACAUGGAGUUAUUAUUUUCGUUUGAUAGUACCACUUGCUCUUGGUAAAUUUAUUGGAAGUGUAUUCAGCCACGUCAGCAUUUGGAAGGUGCCUGUAUCAUAUGCACAUACUGUUAAAGCAACAAUGCCAUUGUUUACUGUAAUAUUAUCAAGAAUAAUAUUACGUGAAAAACAAACAACAAAUGUAUAUUUAAGUCUAUUACCAAUUGUUGGAGGUGUUGCAAUAGCAACAUUGACUGAAUUAAGUUUUAAUGCAAUUGGAUUAAUAAGUGCACUUGGAUCAACAAUGGCAUUUUCAUUACAAAAUAUAUACUCAAAAAAAGUGCUAUGUGAUACUGGAAUUCAUCAUUUAAGAUUGUUAUUUAUUCUUGGACGUUUGGCAUUAAUUAUGUUUCUUCCAUUAUGGUUUAUUUAUGAUUUUCAUAAUUUACUAAAUGAAGUAUUAAAUAAUUCAAUAACAUAUAAUAUUGUUGGUCUUUCAAUAAUUGAUGGUGUAUUAAAUUGGCUACAAAAUAUUAUUGCAUUUUCAGUAAUGUCAAUUGUUACACCAUUGACAUACGCUGUUGCAAGUGCUAGCAAAAGAAUAUUUGUCAUUGCCAUAACACUAUUUAUACUUGGUAAUCCAGUUACUGGACUAAAUAUAUUUGGCAUGACAUUAGCAAUAUUUGGAGUUUUAUUAUACAACAUGGCUAAAUAUAAACAAAAACAAUUGCAAAAGAAAAUUGCAUUAUUACCUAGAUAUACAAAAAUUGAUAAUAGUAAUUUUGCUAAUGGAUGGCCUGAAUUGACACAUCAACGAUUUGCUGUCUAGUCAUUUUAAUUUAUUUUAAUGUGUUCAAUUGCUAUUUUCAAUGUAAAUAUUUGACUGGAGUAGAAAAAAAUUUAAAAACAA